CUUGUUGACCCUUAGGGCCCUGGAACCUAGAACCAUGUCCCUCCCGCGAUUCUCCUGGUCCGCGGAGCUGGCCGUGGGCACUGCCGUGGUGGGAGCGGCCUUCGUGACCGGAGUCUUCCUCGGGAGAGGGGUCCUUCGGUGGCAGCCAGCCUCCCAACAGCAGCAGAGGCGACGGCUCCUGCCCCCAGAAGACGACCCCCUGUGGCAGUACUUGCUGAGCCGCUCCAUGCGGGAGCACCCGGCGCUGCGCAGCCUUCGGAAGCUCACCCUGGAGCAGCCACUGGGGGAUUCCAUGAUGACCUGUGAGCAGGCCCAGCUGCUGGCUAACCUAGCCCGGCUCAUCAAAGCCCAGAAGGCUCUGGAUAUCGGCUCCUUUACAGGCUAUACCGCCCUGAGUUUGGCCCUAGCAUUGCCUGCCACUGGGCAGGUGGUAGCCUGUGAAAGUGCUGCUGCUCCCACGGAGCUGGGAAGACGCUUCUGGAGAGAGGCAGGGGAGGAGCAGAAGAUUGACCUGCGGUUGAAGCCAGCCCUGCAGACCCUCGAUGAGCUGCUGACUGGCGGGGCUGCUGGGACCUUUGACGUGGCGGUCAUCGAAGCGGACAAGGAGCACUGUAGCACUUACUAUGAGCGGUGUCUGAAGCUCAUUCGCUCUGGUGGGAUCAUCGCUAUUAGCCACGUCCUAUGGAACGGGGAGGUGCUCAACAAGUCACAGAAGGGCGCUGCUGAGUGUGUUCGAGAUCUCAAUGAAAAAAUCCUAAGGGACUCCAGGGUCCACAUCAGCCUCUUGCCCCUCGGAGAUGGCCUCACUUUGGCUUUUAAGAUCUAAGGGACCUAGAGGGAGAGACUAGGUGGCAAAGCUGGCAAUUCUAUGUUGGGAGAAGAGCUCACAGGACAAAGUUUUUUAAAACAACAAUUAAAAGGAAGGAUUGGGACCCAAGAA